GAUCGCCGCAAUGGUGCGCACUCCCUCCUUCGACGACCUCCCGCCGGAGGUGCGCGAGUACCUCAGCGAUGACGAAGGCGACGAGUUCAGCUACCCCGACUACAAGGACGACUGGGGGAACGUCAUCGUCGUGGACAACCUGCCCAAGAUCCCCAUGGCCAAGUACGCGAAGCUCGAGGGCGUGCUGAAGCGCAUCUUCGCGCAGACGGGCACCAUCGCGCGCCUCGUCAUGCCGUCGGAGAACGAGAAGACGCUCGGCGUCGCGCUCGUCGAGUUCGCGUCGGCGGAGGAGGCCGUCAAGGCCAUCCGGCUCACGGACGGCUACGCGCUGGACAAGAGCCACGUCUUCAAGGUCAACGCCUACGCGGACCUGGCGACGCUCGACGGCCUCGCGGCGGCGUACGCGCCGGAGCCGAAGGCGCCGUUCGUCGAGCGGCUCAACCCGAACUCGUGGCUCGGCGACCAGCUCCACCGGGACCAGUUCGCCAUCCGCUACAACAACGAGACGGAGAUCAAGUGGUGCGAGCGCAACGCGCCCCCCACGCUCGACUACGGCGGCGAGCGCGAGAAGGAGGGCGGCCUCUACUGGUGCGAGAUGUACGUCAAGUGGUCGCCCCAGGGCAGCGUGCUCGCAACGUUCCACAACAAGGGCAUCGCGCUCUGGGGCGACGCGGCCUUCUCGAAGCAGGGCCGCUUCGCCCACGACGGCGUGAAGAAGCUCGAGUUCAGUCCGCGCGAGGCGUACAUGGUCACGUCGAACGAGAUCCCCGGCGACAAGCGGGGCUGCAUCUUCUGGGACCUGCGGACGCGCACGGAGCUGCGGAGCUUCGAGGUGUCCAUGCUCCCGGCGCCGCCGCCGGCGCUCCUCCGGCCCGACGAGGACCCGGGGCCGCCGCGCUUCGAACCCUCCCACUUCCAGUGGAGCCACGACGACGGCUACGCCGCGCGCCGCGGCAAGGACAAGGCCGGCGGCGACGUCAUCACGGUCUACGAGCUCCCGGCCAUGACGCUCCUGGGCAAGAAGUCGCUGCGGGCCGACGGCGUCCGCGACUUCCAGUGGAGCCCGACGGCGUCCUGCCUCGCGUACUGGGCGCCCGAGCAGGGCAACGCGCCCGCGCGCGUGACGCUCGUGGAGCUGCCGUCGCGCAAGGAGCUCCGCCAGAAGAAUUUGGUGAACGUGUCGGACUGCAAGCUCUACUGGCACCCCGAGGGCCGCUACCUCUGCGUCAAGGUCGUCCGCCACACGAAGAGCAAAAAGACGCUCUUCCACAGUUUCGAGCUCUUCCGCGCGGACAAGGAGCUCGUGCCCGUGGAGAUGCUCGAGAUGAAGGACACGGUCCACGCCUUCGCCUGGGAGCCGUCGGGCCACCGCUUCGCGGUCAUCCACGGCGACGGCGCGAAGCCGUCCGUGUCGUUCCACUCCAUGCUCGGCAAGGACGGCCGGCCCGAGCUCACGCACCUCGUCACGCUCGAGAACCGGUCCUGCAACUCCAUCCACUGGAGCCCCAUGGGCACGCAGGUCGUCCUCGCGGGCACGGGCGACGCCUUCAACGGCGCGCUCGAGUUCUACGACUGCGACGCCAAGUGGUCGAAGCACGUCGAGCACUACCGCGCGAACGCGGUCGAGUGGGACCCGUCCGGGCGCAUCGUCGCCACGGGCGUGCUCCAGCCCCUCGAGGGCGCCUUCUUCAAGUUCCAGAUGGACAACGGCUACAAGCUCUGGACCUUCCAGGGCAGCGUCUACCACGAGGUCGCCUACGAGAACUUCUACCAGUUCGCGUGGCGCCCGCGGCCCCGGUCCCUCCUCACGCCGGACCAGAAGAAGGCCAUCGUCAAGAACCUGCGCAAGUACGAGCGCCGCUUCGCCCACGAGGACAAGCUCAAGGACCUCGCGCGCCAGCGCGAGGCGACGACGGAGAAGCGCGCGAUGCGCCGCGCGAUCCGCGACCUCAUCAAGCUCCGCGCCAAGCAGUACGACGCCACGGCCGCCGAGCGGACGAAGAUGCGCAACGGCGUCGACGCCGACGCGGCGGACCUCUACCACGUCACGACGCGCACCAUGGAGAGCGUCGUCGCGUCCAAGGAGGAG